CCGGCAUGUGACCUCCUCGUCUUUCCACUAAACAUAAACAAAUUAUUCUUCAUCUAAAAGAAUAGAGGGUAGUUAAAUUUUGAGUUUUUAAAACCAUAGAUUGAUUUUCGGUAGCUCAUUGUACGUUGCAAGGACUUUCUCUUUGUAUUUCUGGUUUUUAGAUUCGUUUAUAGCGAACACGUGUUUGGACAAUGAAGAUUUCUUUGGAUCCUUCCACUCAAUCCAAUUAUUAUGAUGUUGCUAUUCAACAUUUACUGUUAGAUGCUGAAAUCGACUUUGACAAAGAACUUCUUUUUGGUGCUGUCGAGUACAAAAUUCAAGCUGCACGAAUUUCUCAACCACUGUCCCAUAUUAUUUUAGACACAUCCUACCUGGAUGUUAAGGACGUAUCCUUAGAUGGUACACCUGUUCCUUUUCGUAUCGAUGAACGCCAUGACUUUUUAGGAUGUGCCCUUCAUAUCAUUCCUCCAGAGCCAAUCCCAGCCGUGAAUGUUGCAACUUUACGUAUUAAUUAUUCUACUACUAAGGAAUGUACAGCGAUUCAGUUUCUGGAGCCUAAACAGACCAUUGGAGGAAAUGCUCCCUAUAUGUUUUCUCAAUGUCAGGCCAUUCACGCUCGUUCUAUGCUACCUUGCCAAGACACUCCUUCUGUAAAAGUUCCCUGUACCUUCCACAUACGUUCUAAACUUCCCGUCAUUGCAUCUGGUAUUCCCUGUGGUACCCGUGAUUUCCGCAACGAUUCUCUCGUAUACAUGUUUAAACAACCUCUUGGUAUUCCUUCUUACUUAAUUUCCAUCUUAAGUGGUGACCUCGCUUCUUCUUCCGUUGGCCCUCGUUCAACUGUGUAUACCGAGCCUGACAACAUUGUUGCUUGUAAGUUUGAGUUUGAACAUGACAUGGAGAAGUUCAUGAAGGCUGCUGAAUCUCUUACUACUCCUUACGCAUGGACGCGUUAUGACUUCGUUGUCCUUCCUCCUUCUUUUCCUUAUGGAGGCAUGGAAAACCCCAAUGCGACAUUUGCUACUCCCACUCUUAUCGCUGGAGACCGUUCUAACGUCUCUGUCAUUGCUCACGAACUUGCUCAUUCUUGGAGUGGUAACCUUGUUACCAAUGAGUCUUGGCAAUGUUUCUGGCUUAAUGAAGGUAUGACUGUAUUUUUAGAGAGAAAAAUUAUUGGCCGCGUUCAGGGAGAACAACAUCGCCAGUUCGAUGCCAUUAUCGGUUGGGGUGAAUUGAAAGAAGCUGUAGAACUUUUCGGUAAAGACCAUGAAUUUACCAAGCUUAUCGUAGACCUCAACGGAAAGGAUCCCGAUGAUGCCUUCUCAACUAUUCCGUACGAAAAAGGUUUCAAUUUCCUAUAUGAAAUCGAGCGGGUUGUCGGUGGUCCCACUGCUUUUGAGCCUUUCUUGUCUUUCUAUUUUAGGAAAUUUGCCAACUCUACUGUCAACGAAACAAAGUUUAAGAACGCUGUUUAUGAAUUCUUUAAGCCUUUGGGUCUCUCUGAUGCUCUUGAUUCCAUCGAUUGGGAUGCGUGGUAUUAUGCACCUGGCAUGCCCCCUGUAACGCCCAAAUUUGAUACUACAUUAGCUGACAACUGUUACAAACUUGCCGAUGUGUGGGUUAGCAGCGCUAAAUCUUCUCAAGAUCCAAAUAGAUUUAAGAAAGAUGAUAUAGAAGGUUGGUCAGCUGGUCAGCUUUCUCUUUUCCUUGAUGUUCUUUUUGAGGCAGACGCCUUCCCACAUAAUUAUAUAGCAGCCAUGGAUUCUGCUUAUUCCUUCUCCAGUUCUAGAAAUGCUGAAAUUUCUUUCCGCUACUUUAAGCUUGUCCUCAAGAGCGAAUACCGCCCUCUCUACGACCUUGUCGUUGAGCAGGUGGGCAAGGUUGGUCGUAUGAAAUUUGUCCGCCCUACUUACCGUUUGUUAAACCAAGCUGAUCGUGAAUUGGCUGUGAAGACAUUUAGAAAAUAUAGCGGUUUUUACCAUAAGAUUUGCGCCGGCCUUGUGAAGAAGGAUUUAGGUAUUAGCGAAAACUAAAACAUCUCCCAAGUUUAAAUAUCUACGAUUCAGUACAUCUCUCUACUUAGUCUAAUUACUAUUUACAAAGAUAAUUUUACAUAUUUGACUAGACACAUUUUUAGAUUACAUGAAAUAAGAAUAAAUUGAACACUUCUAAG